AUGAAAGCAACAGUUGCAUUACUGAGAUGUGCAACUAUCGAGCUUUUGAACUAUAAACGUAUCCGAGUUCAGGAUACAACAAAGAUGUUGCCUGUGAAUGCUGUCCAUGUGAAUGAUGUCUAUGUAGAUGCCAUCCAUGUAGAUGCCAUCUAUGUGAAUGAUGCCCAUGUAGAGGCUGUCUUUGUGGAGACUGUCCAUGUGGAGGCUGUCUUUGUGGAGACUGUCCAUGUGGAGGCUGUCCAUGUGGAGGCUGUCUUUGUAGAGGUUGUCUUUGUAGAGGCUGCCCAUGUGAAUGAUGUCCAUGUGGAGACUGUUUACGUGAAUACUGUUCACCUAUAUGUUGUACAUGAUGUAGGGGCUCAAGUUUAUGCCAUUGUUGCAACAUUGAUUUGGAUCCAGCAGCUGGUGUUGAGAAACCUCCAGUGGGACUACGCUUUAACAAGUAGAGCGACUGCGCUUCUAUAUUAG